AUGAAAGUAGCCAGGUUACACAUGAAACAUAUUGAACAACUCAUGUCAACAGUCAAAAAUGAUUUGAAUUUAAAAGUUGUAUUUCUUGUUCGAGAUCCAAGAGGAAUAUAUAGCUCAAGAAAAGCUAUGGACUGGUGUGUUAACACGCCUUGUAUCGAUGUUCAAAAUUUAUGCAAUGAGAUGCGUGUUGAUUUAAAAGUUUUUAGACGUUUAAAACAGUCGAAUCCUAAUCAAUUUAAUUUAAUAAAAUAUGAAGAUUUAUCAUCUAAUCCAGAGCGAGAAACACGAAUCUUGUUCAAGCAGUUACAAAUACCAUAUACGAAAACAGUGCAAAGAUUUUUAGAAACUCACACCAGUGAAAAAAUUCAUUCAAAUGAUGUUGAUAACCCGUAUUCAACUAAACGAAAUUCACGCGUCACGGCUUUUCAAUGGCGAAAUCGAUUGAAUAUAACAGAAAUCAAUCAAAUACAAAAUUUAUGUGAAGAUGUUUUGUUUGAGCUAAAUUAUGAUAAUAGUACUACGCUUUUAAAUAACCGAAUAAAACUUUAA